CCGUAACACUGACGUAUGUGUCCAGUGUUUCGAGCCAAGAAAGCGACGUUCUAUUUCUAAAGUAUUUCAUUAGAUUGUUUUUUUAAAAAUAAAAUCAAAUAAAAUGAGGUCUUUGCUCCUAAAAAUUUUGCUGCUCAUUGCAGUGGAGAGUACAGUAUCGACGGGAAUAGGAAUACACGCUGAUUGGGAUAUUCAAGGAAAAGUCGGACAUUUAUGCGAAAAUGGAGUAAUGCUAGAUGAAGACUAUCCACCUUGUGAUUGCUUAAAAAAAAUGCCAAUUAUGGGAAAUCUUGCACUAGGGCCUCCAGAUAUUCCUUAUUUUGGAGAUGUUCCUGGGUUUAAUGAUCAACAAUCAGUACCUAAUAUUUCGAGUGAUAAUGAGAUGAUUAUUCCUUCUGGUUCUGUUUUGAUUGACGGAUUAGAGUGCAUAGAAAACGGAAGCAAUGAGACAGUAAAGUUAGAACGGACAAUACUUUACAUGCUUAAUAUUAAAAUCACUGAGCAUCAGUAUAAUUCUGAAAACAGUUAUAUUAAAUUUAAAGAUACGUCUUCUGGGGAAUUUAAAAUGAAUUUCUUGAAAAAUAUCACUCGGAAAAAUUCACUGAAUCUUAUAAGUGGCGAAUUAAAAAUCAACGACGAAUCCGUCCAAACAUUUGGACCAGAAGAUAACCUUUGCAGACCUUUUGAAGAUGGGAUGAUGAAAGACAUUGUAGGACCAAUAUUAAGCCUGAUUAUGUUUGAGCGACAAAGUUGCCCAAUUAAAAAAGGAACUUCUGUGGUAGUCAAAUCCAACAACCCCAUAACUUUGAUAUCAGAUGAUCCUCUGCAAUGUGGCAAUUACGAAAUGAAUGUACAAAUCAAUUCUUUGAUGGAACCGGACGUUUUUUUGGAGCUUACGCUCGAGUGGACAGUGUCUGAAAAUUUACACUGCGGAAAAUAAUUGUUUUAUUAUUUAUGUUUGUUGAUUUUAAUUAGAUACAAAUUUAGUGAUUUUGUUUUAAGGAAAAUCAUUUUAAUGUAAUAAAUUUUGGUGAUUAAUAAAAAAUUGUUCGAUAAGAA